AUGAGAAAAGCAUAAUUAGGUUUAGCGCUUAUCUUAGCAAGUUUUUUAACACAAAUCAAAUGCCAAAUCGAUUGUACUGUUAUUAACCAAGAUUCAACUUGUUCAUCUGACCCAAGUUGUAAAAAUUAUAUUGCUAAUUCAUCAAAUACAGCUUGCGUUAAUUGUUACCAAUAAAAUAAUGGGUAAUGCGGAUCUUCCGUCGAUGCAGUAUGUGCUAAUUAUAAGGUAAGUGGCUCCGGUUGUAUAGUUGACUGUACUAUCGUAUAAACUUAAGGUCCAAGUAAAUCUUGCCCUACUGAUGAUAAUACUUGUGCUAAUUAUGUUGUAAAUAAUGCUUAAACAGCAUGUAUUAAUUGCUAAGUUCUAGUAACUGGAGCAUGCAAUACUGAUCUUGCUUGCUCUGGGUAUAUUUUAUCUUACGCCAAAACUUCUUGUGUUAAUUGCUCAGUUUAAUCUGGAGGUUCAUGCAAUAUAGAUAAUGUUUGUGCUGAUUAUGCACCUAGCACUACACCAGGCUAAAAUACUUGUGUAGAUUGUAAAGUUAGUAAUGGGCCAGAUUUUACAAGAAAUGGUAAUAAUUAAUGUGUAAGUUGCGCCCUCGCUUCUGGUGGGGCUUGCACUUAUUCUAAUUUAUGGCGUUGUUCAAGUUAUAAAAUAACAGGAGGUCAAUGUUAUGAUUGUAGCGCUGUUAAUGGAAGCAAUUGUAAAAAUAGCUCUAAAUCUGGUUGCAGUAGUUUUGCAUAUUCAGCCAACAAUUCUGCUUGCGUUGAUUGCUCUAGUUCAAGUAAUGUAGCUUGUCUUUAUUCAACUGUUACUGGAUGUGCAAAUUACAGAUUUAAUGGAACUAAUUAAUGUCUCGACUGCUCUUUGCUUAAUAAUACUAACAAUGGUUGCCUCAACAGUAGUAUACCUUAAUGCUCUAAUUUUGCAUUAGCAACAUCUGGAUUAUAAUGUAUAGACUGUUCUUUAACAGAUUCUAGUAAUAAUUGCAUGAAUUUGAGUGCUUCUACAGGGUGUAAAGACUUUGUUUACUCAAGUGUAUACAAAUAAUGUGUAAAUUGUGCAGCAGCAAAGAACUCAUAGUGUAUUUACUAAUCUGUUAUUGGAUGUUACUUUUAUAAAUAUGAUUCAUCCUCUUAAUUAUGUGUUGACUGUAGUAAAGCUUCUGCUGGGGCAUGUGUCAACAGUUAAACAGUUUGCUCAGGAUAUUAAUAUAGCUCAACUUCAUCCAAAUGCAUAAAUUGUUCUAAUGUUUAAAAUGGUUCUUGUUUAAGUGGUUCAGAUCCUCUAUGUUCAAAUUUCAAAUUUGACGGCUAUAACACUUGCGUUGAUUGUUCUAUACCUGAUGGCAAAGGUGGGUGCUAAAACUCUUCACUCAAAGGUUGUGUGAAUUAUCGUUAUGAUUCUACUUCAAAUUUAUGCUAUGACUGCUCAGCUGUUUCAGGAGGAGCUUGUAAAUAUUCAACUAAAAGUGGAUGCAGUACAUUUGGAUAUGAUGGAACUGGUACAUGUUAUGAUUGUUCUAUUUCUUAGUCUAGUGGCUGUAUAAACUAAUCUAUUUCUGGAUGCUCAAAUUAUAGGUAUGAUGGUUCAAGUAAGUGUGUAGAUUGCUCUUAAGUCUCAUCAGGUGCAUGUGCUAAUUCUUCUGUAGCUGGAUGCAUAGCUUUUUAAUAUGAUUCUAAAUCAUCGACUUGCUUCGAUUGCUAUUCAGGAACCAAUACUUGGACUGAUUCGAAAUGUAAUGCUUGCUUCAUCCAGGCUAAUAUUAUAUAUGCAGAUUCAACAGGGACAGGAUGUUAAUCUCCUUAUGAAACACAAACAACUUUAACAACUUAAAAUUCUCUAAAGCUAUCAUUUUCUUGUAUUAUAAUUUUUGUUUUGCUUUUAGGCUUUAUUUGA